AUGUCGUCGCAUACCGCGCUCAGCGCCGCCUCGGAGGAUCGCAAGGCGCGUCUUGCCAAGCUCAAGAGCCUCAAGCGCAAGCAACCCACCGACGAGUUCGUCGCACCCGAAGCCAACGAGCGAUUGCCCGCCACUUCCAGCCACAAAGAAAACGAGGAUGCCGACGGCGAGGAUGCACCUCCUGACGUGACACAUUUGCACCUAUCCGGAAGAAAUUACGACCCGGAGACGCGCGGCCCAAAGCUCGGAUUCGAGGCGCCGCCUACUCUGGCAGACGACAAGGCCACGCUCGAGCAGCAGGCCGCGGACCUCGAGGCCCAAGUGAAGCAGCAGGCGGCAACCGAAGCUGCUGAGCAAAAGGGCAUAGACCUCUUUAAACUGCAGCCAAAGAAGCCCAAUUGGGAUCUGAAGCGUAACCUGGAGCAAAAGAUGGACGUCCUAAAUGUUCGCACAGACAACGCUAUUGCGCGCCUGGUCAAGGAUCGCAUCACCGCUGCACAAAAGGCGGCUCAAAAAUCUUCAAGCGGAGAGGAUGUUGAGGCUGCCGGAAUGGACGGUGCUACGCUUGUCGAGUCUCUCAGAGUACGGGAGCAGGAAGAGGAGGAGGAGGAAAGGCGAGAAAAGGAAGAAGAUGAAGCGCUGACCGCAUAG